AUGACAACGCUACAAGAGACAAUCGUUCCUUCCAAGCGUGUAAGAAGGAUAACAGUAUUGAUUUCUGGUUCAGGAUCAAAUCUCCAAGCGUUAUUGGAUUCAGCAUCAACACCUUCUUUACCUAAUGCAGCUAUAACAUACGUUAUAUCAUCACGAUCAGCGGCAUACGGAUUAACAAGAGCGAAAAAUUCGGUUCCAGCAAUUCCAACUUCAGUAUGCGCUUUAAAAACUUUCUUAAAUAGAAAUCAAGGUGCUGGAAGAGAAGAUUAUGAUUGUGAAGUAGCAAGACAAGUUUUAGAUUCGAAACCUGAUCUAGUCGUUUUGGCAGGAUGGAUGCAUAUUUUGUCUGAUAGGUUUUUAGAUAUUUUAAAUGGUGAAAAACAACCUCCUCAACCUCCCGCUUUACCUCCUCCUAGACCUUCUUCAUUACCUACUCAAACUGAACCUAUCCCAUCUGCAUCGACGUCUUCUUCGACCUCGACUUCCGUCCCCAAAGAAGCUCAAGGACAUGAAGGAAACACCAAAUCAUUGCCAGAACCACCUACAACACAAACUUUCCCUAUUCCAAUAAUAAAUCUACAUCCUGCCCUUCCAGGAGCGUUCGAUGGGGCCAACGCUAUUGGAAGAGCUUUUGAAGCAUUUCAAACUGGUGGAAUACAACAUACCGGUGUAAUGGUACACAGAGUAGUGGCGGAAGUAGAUAGAGGUGAACCUCUCGUAGUCAGAAACGUCGAAAUCAAGAAAGAAGAUAAAUUGGAGGAUCUGGAAAAUAGGAUACAUGAGAUUGAACAUCAAAUAAUCGUAGAAGGCGCAAAACUCGUAUUGGAAGAGUUAGACAAAGAAGCUUGA